ACUUUUUCUUAGGAAGUCCCGCCUCUUAAACGUACCUAGUGAUUAUUAAUUAUAUUCUCUUUGGUAGUUGUAGAUGUUCUGACCUACAUCUGACUCAGAUAGAGAGAAUUCUCUAUAUCUAUGGUUCUGACCACAAACUAAUAAAUAGUGCGACCGCAGUUCUGACAGUGCGUUUUGAGUGAAAGGCCUAUGAAAACAUUCGUCAUUCAUUCAUCAUUCAUAAACGUGAACGCGAAUCGUGGAAACAUGUCUGCCGUUUGUGUUUUUUGACAUAAAUACCAACAAAACAGAAAGUUUAGCCAUCAUUGUGUUUGCAAAUACUUAGUGAUUUUCGGUGCUACGUUGGUUUUAUAAUGUGUGUGAUUGUGUUGUGAUCUUGUUCAUAUGAGGCUACUAUAUAAAACUGGUCCGAUGGAGUCUCUCAGAAAAUGGUUCUACAAACCAAAGAGAGACGACCGAUCGCUACUAGCUCAGUUCUUCUUUGCGGAUGAUGCUCUCAACAUGGUCGCGGCCGAGUUGGACUCCUUCGAUGGCCGCAAAGAUCCUGAGAGGUGCUCGACGCUCGUCAACCAGCUAAGACAUGCACAGGAUCGAGUGCUGAACAUUACGAGUCAGAUAAUGGAUCAGGUGCUGGGCGACGAGAGGGUUGCGCGUGGUUUUCGGGUCAAGUUCCCCGAGGACGUGCUGCAGGACAAUCUGGCUGGUCAGCUGUGGUUUGGUGCUGAGUGUUUAGCCGCUGGUUCCUCUAUAAUGAAUCGCGAGGAGGAGUCGGCGGCGAUGCGUCCCCUCGCGAAGGCCCUCACUCGCAGUUUGGAGACUGUGCGUUCUCUGCUAAGGGAACAGUGUCUGAGGCCGAGGGGACUCGCACUGUCCCAGCAUGACGACAUGUUGCACGAGAGCUUACGUAUUUUCGAUAGGUUGUUCGCCGAGUUCGAACUGUGCUACGUGAGUGCUAUGGUCAACGUGAAAACCCCACACGAGUUCGAAGCUCAGCAGCUGAUCUGCGUCCUCUUUUCGGAGAGUCUUCAUCGAGCUCUCAAGCAAGGAUUGCUUACUCAGGAACAGGUUGACUCUUACGACCCCGCUCUUAUGUUUGCCGUUCCCCGGUUGGCUAUAGUCAGUGGUCUGCUCAUUUACUCAAGUGGUCCGUUAAGCAUUGACAAACCACCAGAGGAAAUGUCAGACAUGUUCCGUCCGUUUCGAACGCUUCUACAUAAAAUACGUUCUCUCCUGUGGACGUUGGACAGACGGGAGUUGAUGGCCUUGGAGAGACUGCUUUGCACUAAUGAGGAUAUUUCAAACUUGGCAGGCUUGGACUUGCCUCAAACUGUGGAAACAACUUCUGACUCAGCUUGCCAUUACCCUGACAUCGGAGAGUUCGUAUCGAAGUUCUAUGCCGACCAUGCUCACUGUCGUGAUCUCUAUACCACACAAAGUUCCAGUGAACCAACCAUUACAGACGGUGACUACUUACCAGACAAUAUUGAAGUUAUGACGCCCAUUAUAGACGGACUUAGACGCCUCACAGAAGAUAGUGAAACAACACAAACGGAUGAUGAAACUAUCGAUUCAAGGCCUAACGAAUUUUCCUGCCAUUACUCAACCGACACUACUAGCACUGAUACAUUCCAAACCAAUGACAGCAAAGAUAUUUUAGAAAAAUCUAGAAAGAGGAGCAGAACUGAAAGCGGCGAUCUAGCAUCAUUAAGAAAUCUAUCCACGAACGGUUUAAUGAUGUUCGAUCCACUAGUCAUAAACGCUGUAUCCGCCUCGACCUCUGCUGAAUCAAAUCGACAAAUGCCAGACCACGAUUUAGUCACAUCGCUAAACGAACAAGUUACAGAAAUAGCUGAUAGACUAUCAUCGAUAGUAGCCAGUGAUGUCGAUAUACUGGAUCACAAUCAGAUGCAUUCGUUCUCAACGAACGACGUGCCGACUUUAAUAUCAACGGAGAAUCCCGAGGCGUUCGGGUUUUCCGGACCCAGGAAUGAGCAGCUAAGUUGCAUGCCUUCUACUAGUCACGGGUAUCUCAUACCCAACGCAAUAAGUCAAGAGCCUGUCGUAUUAGCGUCCCUAUCACACAACAACUCCGCAGUUUUCAACCAGGAAGAGGAACAUGAUAUCAACGGUGCAAUACUUAAUACGGAUCUUCCGCUAAUGAUUCCCGAUGACAUUGAUGCUGAAAUUGUAAAUACUAACAUAUGCAUCGCGAACGCUAAUCUAAGUUCUCUAUUGCUCACCAGCGAUGAAUAUAGGCAGAACUUUGUCGAUAACAAUGAAGUGGCCGAUGGCGAUAACGCGAGCUUUCAUUCGGCUAAGAUGACAAUGGAGAAAGAUGACGAGGAGAGAGUAAAGUUCAUGUUGGGUUAUGAAAGCGAUCACGAGUCGCCAGCAGAUUCUGGUGUCAGCACCGAAAAUACAAGUCUUGAUAGAUCGCCAGACACAGAACAGGCCAAAGAGAACCAUUUCAUGCAACAGAACAGGGUAUUGAAAAAUCCAGACUGCGAUGGAACUGAUAAGAAUAACACUCUAGAGCGUUCCUUUUCGAAUGCAGAUGAUGACGUUACUGUAAAUAUUAAAUAUGUUGAAUCAGAAACCCAGAAGAAUGAAGCGGGAUCCUCUUCUCAUAUUAUGGACAAUGUAGAUAUAGAUAGAAUAAGCUCAGAGGAAGAAGGUCUUAAUGAAGCGACAAAUGUAAAUAAUUCCAAAAAGAUUAACUGGGAGAAUACACAAGAAGACGAUUAUAGAACGAUAGACAAAAUGCUAAUGGAGUUAAGAAAAAACGCAGAUAUAAAAACCGCACAAGAAGACAAUCAUAUAAGUUCGAGUGCAGAAGUAGCGAACACGUCACAGAACUGUCCCAGACUGAGGAAGACGAGAAAGUGCAGUUCUAAAAAUAAGAAGAAAAAGAGUAAAAUGUGGUCACCCGGUAUCGUGAUAAUAGACAAUCGGAAUACCCAGAGUCAGAGUAAUCCGUUGAGGUUGAACUUGGACCAUUUUGUGGAUGCAAGCGGUACAUCAUGUGAUAUUUCGGAAUGUGCGGACGACGAACAGAUAGCACUCGCGCUACAGGCGCAAGAGUUGGCGGCGAGACAACAGGCUCGAGGGAAAUUUAAAUCAAGCGAAGAUCUGAUCCACCGUCUAUUUGUAUGUAUUGCGGGCGUUGCGGAUCAAUUGCAGACGAAUUUCGCGGCGGAUCUCCGCAACAUAUUAAAAUCAGUGUUCCUCAUGAAUCAAACGCCUGAAGCGCCCGAAGGUGGUGAACCGCCGCCUUGCGAGCCGUCAGACAAACCUUCCACUAUUGAGUACGAGGCCACGGAGGAUCAAGUUAUUCAGAAUGGCAGUUCAUUCGACAGCGUAUACUCGGCGGAGGAGGUCUAUGCCGAUAGCACAUCGGACUCAUCCCCAUCGGAAUCGAACUCUCGUAUCGUACGUCGCAACACGGUCAACUCUAGCACACUAACCGCUGAGCAGUCCGCCGACAGUGACGUGAGGAGGAAAUCUGUGGACAACACUGUCAAUCUUCAGGCUUCGGUUUCUACUGGCGACCUGACUUAUACACGCGAGGAGAAUCAUUCCGCUUCGCCGUGUAUAGAGCGAGCGCCGGAAUGGGUGCCCGACAUAGCGGCGCCAUCUUGUAUGAGAUGCUCCGCUCACUUCACGGCGUUCCGACGUCGGCACCACUGUAGAAAUUGCGGUAAAGUGUUCUGUGCGUCGUGCAGUUCGAAUUCGAUCCCGCUACCCCGCUACGGGCAGCUGAAGCCGGUGCGCGUGUGCGACGAGUGCUUCCAGAGCCGGCGCCCGCAAGCACUACGGUGAAGUCAAGUGCAUUGUCUUAUACCUCACACACACCAAGGAUCGGUUUACUAUAAUAUCCUCUCUUAUUUUGUAAACACUACACGUUGUUUAAAACUUACAGGUACUUUUGACCGACUUCAAAAAAGUUGGUUGCCAAUUUUAAUAUAUUAUGUAACAAAAUAUUUAAACUUAUUAACCCAUCUGUUUAAAGAGUGUAGUUUCGCAGUGGUCCUCUUGCCUAGAUGUAAUGGAAAUUGAAGUCUGUUAUAUUUUUUUUAAAUAAUCCUACUAUUUUGUGAUUGGAUACAUUAUUAGAACAAUAACAAAUAACAAAAACUUAUUGGCUACAUUUUAUUACUGUGAAAAAAUUUACUUAAUCCUUUUGGUCAUGGAAAGUAUAGUUGGUUAUUAUUGGUAAUUGUGAAAAAAUUUAAAUUAGUUUAUAUGUGUUGUCUGUAUAUUAUUAAAUAUUUAAAAUAUAAUCAUAUCGGAUUAUCGCACACGUUUUAACAUCACGCGUUGACACAUUAGUGUUCUUUCUACCCUAAAACGUUCCCGGAUAUUCCGAAUAAUAAAAAAAAAUAUCCGCCUCAUAAAUUAUAAAUGAAUUGACAUUUUUCAAAGAAAUAAUUUAUAUUUGUUUGAAAAAUAGCUUUCAAAACAAGUCGUACCUGAAAGUGGUGUGCGAAAUUAUAAAAUGAUUUAAAAUAAACGUUGACUUAGAAAAUAUUUUAAAAUACAAUUCGAGUUUUAUCUGUGCUCAACGGCGCCAUUUUAAGUAUGAAUCGUACGUUACAUUAUGCAAACAUACAUCAAACAAAAUUAGACAAUAUUUCACUCUCAAUAAAUGCCUUUUUGACCAUCGUCCGUAUUAGAGUAUUCUUGUAUUUUCUCUUAUUUAAAAUUAUGUUAUUCUUGUGAUAUUUGACGUUAUUCCAAGAACUAUAUCUUUUAAAACUAAACUCAUGUUGUUGACUAUAAGAUAUAAUUAGACUAUAAUUAGAAUUAUUAAUAUUUUCCCGUAUUGACUGAUAUAUAAGAGGUUCGUUUUUGUUAUUCAGUUACUACCAGUAGCUCUCUAGUUAAUGCUGCUAUAUGUAAUAUUUCUUAAAAAACAUUCAAAGAAUGAACAAUGACUAACUUUUUCUAUUACCGCUUAUAAUACAUCACAUUAAAUAUGUCAAAAUUUUAAAUUUAAUCAUUUUAAGUUAUUUAAAAACAGUUUGGUUACAAUACCAGGUAUUAUUUGUACAUUCUUUAAUCAAUUUCUUAUAUCUUAAGCAUCCAAUCCUUUGAUAUAAUAAAAGUAUCUUUAGCAAGUGCAGCAAAAAGUGAUAACUUUAUUUCUUGUAUAAUUUUAGGGAAUUAAUAAUAGAUUAAAGAGUUGUGAGGGACUUAUCCGAACAAACAAUUAUGAUGUCGUACAUACAUUUCAAAUUCUUUUAUCAAAAUUUUUAGUUUUUCUUUCUAAGAAAUUUCUUUUAUCACUUUUUUGCUGCCUUCCAUUCUUAUAGAAAAUAUUAAGGAAAACCCCUUUUUAAUGUUAUAUAAAUUGUUUACACUGCCUGUAUUCAUAGUGACACUAUAUUAUUUUACUUCUUUGUGUAUUAUGCUCAUAUAUUUAUAUUCAGUUUUCUGUUGGAAUUUACUGUUGUCAAAAUAUAAAAUGUUUGUGUCAUAUUUGCAAAGUUGGGCUGUUACGAACGUCUGUUGGAAAGAAAUGAACGAAGUAUGGCAGAAGCUUAAAAUUAGUUAAUUUAAACGAUAAUAAUAUUAUAAGCGUUAUCGUAUCAAGAACGCAAGUGAUCUCUUCGCGAAAUGAAAAAACUGAAUAUCUAAGUAAUAAAAGAAAUCUAUUUUUAAGAUUUAAAUUUAAAGGAUGUUUAUAUUUUUAACCUAAAAUUCUAAUGUUAGGUACCGUUGAACUAAAUAAAAAAAAAUACUUUUUGAGUGAUUCCAUUAUUAUUUUUUACAAUUGAGAGAUGUUAGUUGUUAGGUAUUUUUAUUGUAAGUCUAAUGUUAUUAAUAUGGAUUGUAUGUAAAUUUUGUAAAGGUUAAUAUUAGUGCAUAUAUACCCACAUAAUUAUUAGUGUUCAAUAAUUAGCAACUGUUUCAUAGCUUUUUGUAUAUUAUAUAAAAAGUAAAUAUUACUCAUCGCAUACUAACUAUUUUCAAGACCACAAAUGUCUGGAGUGAUAUGAUACUGUUAUAUAUUUUAAUCGUAUAAAUAAUUCGGAUUAU